UACACACACAAACCCUUCACAACCCCAUAUUACAAAAUAAGCAACACAUUUCUCUGUUCUCUCUCUCCUCUGAUCUCUAGCUACAAAAACUAACUCUAACCAAAUCUUGCUCUCUUCUCAGCCCAAACAUCGAUCUCCCAAUCAACGGCAGAGAUCGACAUGGUGUUGUCAUCAACGAGCUUGUCGAAGCGGGUGUGCGUGGUCGGUGCAGGCCCAUCUGGGUUGGUGGCGGCCAGGGAGCUAAGGAGAGAAGGCCACAGCGCGGUGGUGAUUGAGCAAAACCACGACAUUGGUGGGCAAUGGCUCUAUGACCCUAAUGUAGAGAGACUUGAUCCUAUGGGAAAGGACAUUAGUGAUGGUUUCUUAGAGGUUCAUUCUAGUAUGUAUUCCUCAUUAAGGAUAAUGUCCCCUAGAGAGAUCAUGGGGUUCACCGACUUUCCUUUCUCGACCAAGAAAGGUCGAGACUCUAGGAGAUUUCCCGGCCAUAGAGAGGUUCACUUGUAUUUGAGAGACUUUUGUGAGUGGUUUGGGUUGAGGGAUAUGAUAAGGUUCAACACUCGGGUUGAGUAUGUUGGGAUGGUUGGUUAUGAUGAAAACGGUGUCGUUGGGAAAGAUCAGUCGAUCAAAUGGGUUGUGAGGAGUAAACAAAAUUGGCAGAAAAAUAGUGAUCAUAAUAAUGAUAAGAAGGUGGUGGAAGAGAUUUUCGAUGCUGUGAUUGUCGCAAGUGGUCAUUACUCUUUUCCAAAGUUGCCUUCUAUCAAAGGAAUGGAGUCAUGGAAGAGAAAGCAAAUGCAUAGUCAUUUCUACAGGGUUCCUGAUCCAUUUCGUAAUGAGGUUGUGGUGAUUGUUGGAAGCUCACUAAGUGGGCAAGAUUUAUCAAUGGAACUUGUCGAAGUGGCUAAAGAAGUGUAUCUCAGUUCUAGAUCCAUGGACAUAUCUGAGGGUUUCUCCAAAGUCAUAGCCAAACAUCAGAACUUGCAUCUUCGUCAACAGAUAGAGUCCAUUGAAGAAGAUGGGAAGGUCUUAUUUGUAGAUGGCUCUUGGGCCAUAGCUGAUACAAUUAUAUACUGCACAGGAUACUCAUACACAUUCCCAUUUCUUGACACCAAAGGAAUAGUUAGUUUGGAUGAUGAGAGAGUGGGCCCUCUUUUUGAGCAUACCUUCCCUCCAUCACUGGCUCCUUCUCUCUCCUUUAUAGGCAUUCCUAAAAAGAUAAUUGGGUUUCCUUUCUUUGAAUCUCAAGCGAAAUGGAUUGCACAACUGUUGUCUGAAAAAAGAAGAUUGCCAUCAUGGGAUGAUAUGAUGCAAUCCAUCGAGGAAUUUUAUCGCUCAAGGGAACUUGUUGGUAUUCCAAAGCCAAAUACUCACGAUAUUGCUGAUUUUGAGUAUUGUGACAGAUAUGGAGACUAUGUUGGAUUUCCACACUUAGAAGAAUGGAAAAAACAGCUAUGUAUGUCAUCCUUAAUAAAUGCUCAAUCCAACUUAGAGACUUACAGGGAUUCAUAUGAUCAAGAUCAAGAGCUCCUCAAUGAAGCUUUUCAAAGUCCACAUUUCACUCAAUUUCUUGCAGAUCACCCCCAACUUCUUGCCCUCUGAAGUCUCUCUCUAUAUAUAAUAGUGGUUUUCAUUUGGUUAAUUAUUAUGAAUGCUAUUUUUGCUUCAAGAAAACAUUCUCCUACCAUUUGUACCUUUAAAUUGAAGGAGAUUGGUUUUUGGAUUUUGGGUUUAUUAGUAGAACAUAUUAGGAGCAUGGGCAUAAGUAGAAGGAAGAAAUGUUUAGUUUUAAAAGCAUUUGCCUAUUCUCUCCGAGAACAAGGAGGAAAAAAAAGGCCCAGGUGUUUUUCCUAUAUAUAUAAACGGGCCAAAUAUGUAUAUCUUUGGUAUAAGAAAUAAAAUUAAAGUCUACUUUUCUAUUA